CCAAACAAUGCCAUAGAAUCAUAAACCUCUCUCUCUCUCUCUCUCUCUCCCUCACACACACACACACACACGCAGUACGUCUCUCUCUCUCUCUAAAAUGGCCAGUACAGCUUCACUGGUUCCUCAACGUUCUCCCAAAACUCCUGUACAUGCAUCCAAGAUACCAUGCAUCAAAUCACUGGUAGAAUCAGGUGGACUCAUGUCCAUUCCACCAAAUUACGCUUACACCACAGACCCCAACGUUGGUUCAGAGCCUGAAGAUUCAAUCCCCAUCAUUGAUUUUUCCUUACUCACCUCUAGUGAUCCUGAUCAACGGUCCAAAAUAGUCCAAGACCUGGGCAAAGCCUGUGAAGAGUGGGGCUUCUUCAUGGUGAUCAAUCAUGGUGUGGGUGAGAGGCUGAUGAAAGGGAUGAUGGACGCGUGUAACGAGUUCUUCAAUCUGACGGAGGAGGAGAAGCGGGAGUUCCAAGGGAAGCACGUGUUGGAUCCUAUCCGGGUUGGGACGAGCUUCAACGCCAUGGUGGAUAAGGUCUUCUUUUGGAGAGAUUACCUCAAGUUUUUUGUGCAUCCACAUUUUCACUCUCUCCACAAACCCCUGGGUUUCAGUGAGCAUUCCUUGGAGUACUCUAAGAGAACCCGAAAAGUGGCAAUUGAAUUAGUUAAAGGGAUAUCGGAGAGCUUAGGUUUAGAAGAGAGCUACAUACACAAAGCCUUGGAUCUAGACUCAGGCUUACAGAUUUUCGUGGCGAACCUGUACCCGCCAUGUCCACAGCCUGAACAUGCCAUGGGCAUCCCUCCUCACUCUGAUCAUGGCGUUUUAACCCUCCUCACACAGAAUGAAAUCGGAGGACUACAAGUCCAGCAUAAUGGCAAGUGGGUCAAUGUCGAUCCCCUUCCCAACUCCUUUCUCGUUAACACCGCAGAUCACCUAGAGAUAUUGAGCAAUGGUAAGUACAAGAGCGUUCUGCAUCGAGCUGUUGUGAACAACAAAGCUACUCGAAUCUCCCUCGCUAUGGCCCAUGGACCAUCGCUCGAUGCAGUUGUGGGUCCGGCAAUGGAAUUAGUGAACAGUGAAACUCGUCCGGCUGCAUAUAUUCCAAUGAAGUAUAAAGACUAUAUGGAGAUGCAGCAAAGCAACCGGCUUGAUGCCAAGUCUAGCUUGGAUCGUGCUCGUGUUCAAAUUGUGUAAUUAAGCAAUUAAACCACUUGCAUUGCAUGCAUAUCUGUGUACGCAUAUUUUCAAAAAAGUUGUACUCUCGUAAAAAGAAAAAUGUAGAAGGAAUAAAUGUAAUUUUCCAUUUUCACGACCUUCGUUAUGCGAGUGGUUAUUUAUUUAUUUAUUUGUUUAACUUAAUUUUCA